CCGAGGGAUGGCGGGCCCGGGGCUGCGGCCGGGUGGGCUCCGCGCCGGGCCCCGCGGCGUGAGGCGGCCCCGCUGCUCCCGGGCAUGAGAGGAGGCGGGCAGGGCUGCGGGAGCGCCGGGACCCACCAUGCGGGAGCUGGCGAUCGAGAUCGGCAUACGGGUGCUGCUCUUCGGGGUCUUCGUCUUUACAGAGUUUUUGGAUCCGUUCCAGCGAGUGAUCCAGCCGGAGGAGAUCUGGCUGUACAAAAAUCCUUUGGUGCAAUCAGACAACAUCCCCACACGUCUCAUGUUUGCAAUUUCCUUUCUCACGCCACUGGCAGUCAUCUUUGUGGUGAAAAUAAUCCGUCGGACGGACAAGACUGAAAUUAAAGAGGCUUUCUUAGCUGUUUCCUUGGCUCUAGCUCUGAACGGUGUCUGCACAAAUACCAUCAAAUUAAUAGUGGGAAGACCGCGUCCCGAUUUCUUUUACCGCUGCUUUCCAGAUGGAGUAAUGAACUCUGAAAUGCACUGCACAGGUGAUCCAGACCUGGUCUCUGAAGGCAGAAAAAGCUUUCCAAGCAUCCACUCUUCCUUUGCAUUUUCAGGCCUUGGCUUCACCACCUUCUACCUGGCUGGGAAGCUGCACUGCUUCACGGAGAGCGGCCGUGGGAAGAGCUGGCGGCUCUGCGCGGCCAUUCUGCCGCUCUACUGCGCCAUGAUGAUCGCCCUGUCACGSAUGUGUGACUACAAACACCACUGGCAAGAUGCUUUUGUUGGAGGGAUCAUCGGCCUCAUUUUCGCUUACAUUUGCUACAGACAGCACUACCCUCCUUUGGGUAACACAGCCUGUCACAAAUCCUACGUCAGCCUGCUGGAUCAGAACUCAGUGAAGAAAGAAGAGAGACCUACAGCAGAUAAUGCUACUGGGCUGCCUCUGGAGGGAAUAACUGAAGGUAUCCUGUGACAAUGCAGGCAGAACAUCCCAGCCCACCCYGGGCAGUGGAACAUUUCCUGGAGCAAUCACAGCGACGUCGAUCAGUGACCACAAUUACGGUGCUUUGGACUGGAGGACACUGCUGCCAUGACCCCAAUUUCUGUGUUCCCGUUGGAAUAUUGGCCUUGUAGGCAUUUUGUGACUCGAACAGCUCAAUGUCUCCAUGUAAGGCUUGCCAUUUACUUUCCUCGAAGAUAAGCUUUGUAGAUUAUUUUUUUUUUUUGUAAAGAGCUGCUUCCUGAUUGGCAACACUUGAAAUUUUUUACCAAAAGCAAGCGAAUUAGGAUCCCAUUAAAAAUAAACCUAAUAAUUGUGUACAAGAGGAUGCGACCUUGCUGUGUAUAAACUUAUAUGAUAUUUGGAAAUGKCUAUAAAUAGGAAAUUACAUUAAGGAGCAGAAUGUAGCUGGGAAGGGUCUGUAGAAAUCAGGCUUUGUAAAGCUGGUACCAGUKUAACUGUGUCAGAGGGAGGAUAUUUUACUGGCAUUUACAGAAUUCUGAGCUCUACAACAGAGGCAGUCAAAUAUAGCUGUGGUUUUCCUGGUGAAURCACACCAAUUCACAAUACCAGCAUCAGCAAAGCAAAAUUAUUUGGCAUUUGCACUGGAUUUGASAGAACACUCCUCUGGUCUGACUGAGAUUCUAGAAAUCCACGGAGUUUAAAGGAGGCUUAACCUUCCUAAAAAGUUUCUAAAUCAUCCUACAGAAUUCUGUAACAAAUAAGUUUUCUAUGUCUUCAUAAGGGAGGAUUACUGAAAGCCCGAGAGUCAGGGUCAGGCUUAGCCAUUAGCUCUUUUUUUUCAGCAGGAACCCUAGUCUUCCAGGUUAUAUGCAAAUGUUAAAAAAAAGAAAUAAAAUAAAAACCUUAAAUCGAAAUUAGAAAUUUAAUACUGAUGCAUAGAGCAUUUUGCAUGUUUUUAUAUAGAUCUGGCUUGUUCUCAAAAUUGAGUGGGGCCUCCUAACUGUGCUGUACACAUUCCCAGUGUUUUAAUGGCUUUUGAUACAAACAAGCUGUCUUCUCUGGGAUGGGGAAAGCUCACACAGCCCUCAAGUGAGCAGUGGCUGUUAAAAGAUUGGAACAUGAAGUGUAAUUCAGCAUAAAAACUGAAAUUGCGGGAGCAAUCGGUGAACUUGGAAAAGCGGUAAUGAACAACWCGUCUUAAUGGGAAUAAUUAAAUCGAAAGUCAUAAAGCAGGCAUUGUAAAAGGUUUGAUUAAAAUGUAAUUAAAAUUAUGRAAGGCUUAAUGGAAUGAAGCUUGUGGAGGGGUCUGUAGGUGCUGUAAUCACCAGGGUGAAGUCAGUGUAGGGAAGGCAUUUUUGUGGAUCAGUGUAUUUUAAUCUCAUGCUUUCUCAAUGUGAAGGAAAUGUAACGUUGUAAUGCACCAAUAAAACAACACAUGAAUGUGGGU